AUGUCACCUCUCACAGGAUUCACGCCCCAAAAUGUCGAAUUACGCUUCGCCCCGGAACCGUACAGCCGAAAAAUGGAGUUGAACAGCUCUGGGAAGAUACACUGUAAAGUUGCAGGCGGAGUUUCACCCACCAUACAGUGGUAUCUGAAUGACGCGGAUCCGCUUCCGGACGGAGUUACAUCGGCUAAUGGAACCCUAAUGGUUUCGGAAGCUUCUAAGCGCCACGCAGGCCUGUACACUUGCAAGGCUGUAGACGGAGAUAAGAAGAUUGAAUCGAAAAUCACUCUAGAUGUAGUCGUAUCGCCGAGGAUAACGGAGCCCGUUCAAGAUCAGAACGUGCAGGUCACCGCAGGACAGGACGUCGUGCUGAACUGCGUCGCGUCCGGCGACCCCCCGCCCACGAUGCAGUGGGACAAGAACAGCGAUAUACUCACUCAGAUACAGAAUGGCGUGGCCAAUGAAGCUAGUGCCAACGCCUCGACUGCCAGUGUGGUGCUCCUCAACAACGGGUCUCUUCUGCUGAGGAAUGUGUCGGAGAAGACCAGCGCUCACUACGGGUGCACGGCUGGGAGCGCCGCGGGGCUGGUGCGCCACGAGCUGCUACUCACAGUCGCACCACGACACGAGUCAAACGGCGUGGCGGGGAAAGCCGUUGUCGUUUCUAUAUCGGUGGCCGGCGCCUACAUGGUGCUGGUGCUCGCGCUGAUGGUCUACUGCAGAAGACGAAGACUGAAACGUCGGCAGCGAGGUGAAAAAAUGGAACUGGAAAUGGUGGAGGGUCGAGAGAAGCUGGUGGAGGACGGCGAGACUGACGCGGUGAAGGUGAACGGAGGACCAGCGCAGAAUGGACGACUGUUGCCCCACGAGAAGGACAGCGGUCCUGAUAAUUCAGAAGUGUCCCGAGCCUCGAAGAAGUCUGGGAACUUUGAACGUCUCUCGCUGCCGCGGACCCUACUCACGGAUCCAAUCACACUAGGUCGCGGCGAGUUCGGCGAAGUGCUCCUGGCCAAGAUCGACAUGAGCCAGGUCGCCAAGCUGCGCAAGUCCGAGGGCGCCGACGCGGAGCCGAACCCAAGGCCCGUGCUCGUCAAGUCGCUCACCACUAAGGACGAGGUACAGCUGGCGGAGUUCCGUCGUCAGCUGGACGUGUUCGGGCGCGCCCGGCAUAGCAACGUGGUCGCCCUCAUCGGCCUGUGCAGCGAGAUGGACCCGCACUACAUGCUGCUGGAGCACACGGACUGGGGAGAUCUGAAGAGCUUCCUGCUGGCGACCCGCGGCCCCGACCUGGAAGAGGAGGCGGGCGCCUCUUCCCCCCGCCCCCCGGCGCUCCGCCCCCCGCACCUGGCGUUGUUGGCGGCUCACCUGGCAGCCGCGGCGGCGCACCUCGCCGGGCACCGCCUCACGCACAGGGACAUAGCCGCCCGAAACUGUCUCAUAACGUCGAAGCUUCAGCUGAAGCUGUCCUGCCCGGCCCUGACCCGCGGGCCGCUAUCUCGCGAGUACUACAAGCUGCACGACCAGGUGAUUCCUCUCCGUUGGUGCCCGCUAGAAGUGGUCCUUGAAGGAGACUACUCAACCAAAUCAGAUGUUUACAUGUACGCCGCCACCGUGUGGGAGAUGUACACGCAAGCCGAGCUGCCUUUUGCGAAACUGAACGAUAGCUCGGUGCUGGAUCGGUUGAAGACCGGAGCGCUCGAGUGGAGCGUGCCAGCCUCUAUGCCACAAUCGGUCGCCGACAUACUUAAACGCUGUUGGAGCCAGUCGCCAACGGAUCGCCCGCAGUUCGCGGAGGUCUGCGAAGAGAUCAACACCGUCCUACAGGAGACCACAUCAGAAAACGCUUCAACGAAAUCUCAGAAGACGGACGAGGAUAAUUGAGGCUAUCACCGUAAAAGUGGCCUAAUCUUACCUAAUAGUAUGGAGA